AUGAACGCUGGGGAUGUGGUGUACGUCUUGUAUCAUGGUGAUCCUGGCGUCUGGCACACGAGACUCCUGGCGUCAGACCUCGGACAGGAUGAGUGGAUGAUCAUCACUCCUGACCGGGACAUUUACCCGGAAGUAUACUCGCCUGCCAAUGUGGACAUUCAUCGCUUCUACCAUGCUCCUGAUGGCCGGUUGCCUCGACAGGUUCCGGCUGGCCAGGUGUAUGCUUUUGCACCGUUGGAUCCCCGACAGUUCGGCGAUCUUCUACGUCUCGGUAGGCAAGAAGCUGCGGCCGAACUUGCUAGACGUGGUGGUCCGGUGAUGGCUGCAGCUCUCGCUGGCCAAGGCAAUCCUCCGGCUCCGGUAGCGGCUGGGGGCGUUCCUCAGGGGGCUGCUCCAGUGAUUCCUGGUGGCCCAACGACCUGGGUAGCCUUGGAGGAUGUGGGAACGCACAAGCGGGGAGAUGUCAUCGCAGUGGACCCAGGGCCACUCCCGCCUGGACAUGUCGUUCUAGGAAACCGUGCCUUGGUGCCUGUGGGCCUUGAGGUUAUGGCUGUCAUCAAGACCACCCCUGACGGAGUGGCGGCGGUCAAGUUCGAGGACGUUCGCAUCCUCCCGGUGCAGUUCGAUGCUCAGGGGAUUCGCCGGCGAGAGUUUAACUUGGCCGUUUCCCAGCUUCAUGACACAGUGCCUCAGGGAGGUGGGCUGCAGCUUCAGGGUCCGUCUACGUUCCUGAACAUUGCCAAGAUGAUGAGAGACCAGAACUUCACGCCCACCACCUUCCAUGAGUACUGGGUUAGGUCAUCAGAGGUGGCACGCGGAGAUCGUUCCGUGUACGAGCACGAAUGCCUGUCAAGGGUUAUCGAGGCCAUGUUAGGGAUGCAGGUCAUCAGGGAAGCUCAUCGUAUCUCGCCGUCGGCCCCGGACUACUCAGCAGCAGACAUCAUGAUGGGAUGGCGCUUUCGCCGUGCCGGUCAAGGCGUUGAUUCUGGUUUGGCGGGCUACGUCGCCUCCGAGCUCAAGAAUGAGGCUGCCAUCGCGAAAGAGGCCAGGAAGGCCAAAGAAGAAGCGGAUCUUCGCCGCCGCAACCCCCGUAAAACUGGCAAAGCCGGCGAGGGGGGCGGUGGCCAGGGGCAAUGA